AUGUCUUCUCCGUCUGUCCGGGUGGUGCCGCCCCGGGUGGAGUUCAGAGAGGUGCGGGUCGGGGAGGUGUACCGGACCACCGUCACGGUCACCAAUGUCGGCGGAGCCUCGAGAGACAUCGUGCUCCAGAGGCCUCCGUCCAAGCCGUUCAAGUUCACGUUCAACGCUCCGCCGUCCUCCGCCGUGGCCCCGGGCCUCUCUGUGGGCGGGUCGCUGACCUUCUCCCCGGAGCAGGCGGUGGAGGUUGCGGACAGCCUUGAGUUUCUCAUCGACCAUCUGACCACGGUGGAGGUCCAGCUGCGGGCGUACCCACCAGUCUGCAAGCUGUUGGUGGAUUCCCUGGUGGAUUUUGGCUCGGUUACAGCAACCAGUCAGGUGAUCGUUAAACAGCUGCCUUUGACCAAUCAGGGAUCAGCACCAGGGCAGUACCAAGUGAAGUUCAACGGAGAUCCGUCAGUCAAACUGUCGCCCAGCCGCGGUACUGUAAUGCCAGGCGCCACCCAGUGGUUAACGGUGGAACUGAGCACGCACAUGCCGGGGCUUAUAGAGGAAAUGGCUCUAGUGAAGCUCCAGAGCAGCCCAGACCGGAGUCUGAGGAUCAGGGCUGAGGUGGUGGACCAAGCCCUCCAGAUAUACGACCUCCAGGGGUCUCCUCUGUCCUGCCUGUCGUUUGGGCCGGUCUACAAUGGGACAUCACGCGUGGAGAGAGUGGUUUUGAAGAACAACGGGCCGGCCACGUGCCACUGGCUGGGCUUCCUUCAGGACACCGCGGAUGGAACCGAGCUGGCUACAGAGCUCUGGAAAAGCACGGAUGCAGCGCUGCUAGGGAGAAGGAGAGAGACCCUUAACAGCAAGACCCCGCACGGACCAGACCCGUCCCAGGUCGUCUGCUGCGUCCCCAAGCAGGGUCGAAUAGGACCCUACGAACGCAUCACAGUGUCCGUACGCUUCAGUCCGUUGUGCAAGAGGUAGGGAGUCCGAGCCGGGACGGUCUGAUGGCUUUGUCAGCGAAUAUAAAUCAAGAAAUUAGAAAAAAAUAAAAGCGAAAAGUGUUACCUCCCCGUCGGGGAAUUGAACCCCGGUCUCCCGCGUGACAGGCGGGGAUACUGACCACUAUACUAACGAGGAUUGGUACUACGGUGCGUUU